CAUUUUGUGUGCGCGUUUUGUGUAGAGAGCCUAAUAUAGGUUUUACACCGUGACGUCAUUUGACAGCUCGUGUGCACUGUUUACAUGGUCUUCGUCGAUUGUCGACGAAUUUCCCCGAACAAAAUCGACGAGCGCAUCGAACUGUGCUAAGUCCAUGUAAACAGUGCACUCCAUUCUAACCUCCAAAUUGAGUCGGCGUAAAACCUAAUAUGGAGAGGCGAAAUGUCAUUCUCAGGGUUCCAAUCGAACUGUCAAAUCGGGGUUCCAAUCGAGCAACAAGAUCAUGCAAGAUCAAGGUCGGAAUCAAUUUAAAAUAAUUUUGGCAAAAAAAUGAGACUUAUAACAAUCACAAGUAUUGUAAAACUGUUGUUGAUAAUAAUCAAGUAGAUUUUGUUAUGUUUGUGCUUGUUUGGUGCAUGAAAAGUGCCAGCACCAAAGAAAAACAACAAGUAUUUCAACCUUAAAUUUGAAUGACUUUGGGUGUUUGAAAUUUCUCCCAGAACAUUUCAUUUCCCUAUGUAGGUCCCUAGUUUUGUGUGGUGUUUAGUGGUUUGGGCCAACGGAAUCGAGCUGACCGAGCAGGAAGCGGAGCUGUACGACCGGCGGAUUCGCCUCUGGGAACUCGACUCGCAGAAACGACCUCGCGCCGCCCGCGUAGUGCUCGCCAGUUUAAAUGAUCAACGGAACAGAUCGCCGAAACAUCAUCCUGUCGACGUCAAGGAGGCGGAUUUUUGCUCGCAAUUUUUGGCCCCGCAAACCGCACUGGGAACGAACCGUGGUGAGGCAUCGCUCGGUCGCGCCCAGCAUCUAAACCCGAUGGUGGAGCUGAAGGCGGACACGGAAAAGCUGGAAGAGCAUCCGGACAUCUUGCGGCGCAUCAAGAAGGACAUCGAAAAGAGUCUUCCGGCCAAGGUGGAGCAGAUCCUGCGCGUCGAAAUGACCUCCUCACCAAGACGCGCUGCGCAAGGGCAACACAUUCCCCAACAUUGUGAUCGAGCUGAAAACCAUGCGCUGUUGACCCGGCCCACGGAGUUUGAAACGCAAACCUACCAAGACGAAGUGGUCGUUCAGCUGCUGAAAGGUUCCGGUAAGUUGGUAUUGCUAGACAAGCUGCUCUGCCGGCUAAAGGAAACCGAUCACCGGUUGCUGAUCUUCUCCCAGAUGCGUUUGGAUGCAUUAAAGGUAGAAUCAGCUGAACGAGCUGCAGGCCCAGGCGUGAGCGCAUCGAAUCGGUCAGAAGAACCAGGACGACAUUCACCGGCUCGUGACGGCCAAAUCCGUCGAGGAGGAAUUUGUGGAGCGAGCGAAAAAGAAGAUGGUGCUCGACCACUUGGUCAUCCAGCGGAUGAACACGACGGGGCGGACCUUGCUGGACAAGAACGGCGAUAUAUAGUUUGGCGCGGAAGAGUUGUUUAAGGAGGACGAAGACGGGGACGACGAGUUGGUUUGUGAUAUCGAUGAGAUUUGGAAGCGGGCCGAGACGAGGAACGAAGCGUCGGAAAUCCUGUUAAUCGCGUUCUUCGUGGCCAACCGCCAGAUUGUGUCCGGCUCGCGCGAAAGGACAACACAAGUACAAGGGCAUCAACGCGCUCUACUUCUUGCCGAACCGUUACUGGCUGUGCGUGGACUACAGACCGUCGAUCAAGAUCUGGAAUCUGUCCUGCAAGCUCAAGGUCGAAGAGCUGAAGUUGUCGCUGACCCGACGCAGUGCCUGUCGCUGGCCUGGUCAACCGACGGAUAGACCCCGUAUGCCGGCUACUCCGACAUCAUCCGCCUCUGGCAGGUGUUCGUGUUGGCUCGCAAAAAAGUAUUUGUGUGUGCGCCGUUAGAAAUAUGCAUAUAGAAAUGCGCGAAUGAAUCGUCUAAGUUCUUUUGAAAUAAAAAUAGUAAAGAAAAAUGGGUCUUGCUUAAAUCUAGAAAAAAGGCAGUUUUCUUAAACGCAAGUGGUUAAAUUCGAGUGCGAUAUAUUUUUCAAUGCGGAAUAACAGAACUAGCUACAUAGGAGCAAUUCUCUACGAAAUCGGUCUUUUUUCUUCAAUUUUAAUUUUUGUAUUUUUUAAUCCGACUGAAACUUUUUUGGUGGCUUCGGUAUGCCCAAAGAAGCCAUUUUGCAUCAUUAGUUUGUCCAUAUAAUUUUCCAUACAAAUUUGGCAGCUGUCCAUACAAAAAUGAUGUUUGAAAAUUCAAAAAUCUGUAUCUUUUGAAGGAAUUUUUUGAUCGAUUUGGUGUCUUCGGCAAAGUUGUAGGUAUGGAUACGGACUACACUGGAAAAAAUGAUACACGGUAAAAAAAAUUUGGUGAUUUUUUUAUUUAACUUUUUAUCACUAAAACUUGAUUUGCAAAAAAACACUAUUUUUAUUUUUUUUUAUUUUUUGAUAUGUUUUAGAGGACAUAAAAUGCCAACUUUUCAGAAAUUUCCAGGUUGUGCAAAAAAUCUUUGAGUGAGUUAUGAA